CAUUGGCUAAUGCUAUACCCGGAAGAGAGCCAUGGGAGUCCCAUGACCUGUGCAUGAUUAAGAUAGACUAGCUAGUUAGCCCUCUACAUAAGAAUAUUUUUGACAAAUACUACAACUACAAUUUGUUCUACCGAUCACACAACAAAUAAAACAUGUUGUCUCGUUUAUUGAAGGAGCACCAAGUAAAGCAGAACGAGAGAAAGGAGCUACAAGAGAGACGCCGACGCGAGGCAAUCGCAGCGGCAACCAGUUUGACUGAAGCCUUGGUCGACCACCUCAACGUUGGGGUUGCCCAAGCUUAUGUCAACCAGCGCAAGCUGGAUCACGAGGUGAAGACUCUACAGGUGCAGGCCAGCCAGUUUUCUAAGCAGACUGCCCAGUGGAUCAGUAUGGUGGAGGGCUUCAACCAGGCCUUGAAGGAAAUUGGAGAUGUGGAGAACUGGGCACGUAGCAUUGAGAUGGACAUGAGAACCAUCGCCACGGCACUGGAGUAUGUUCACAAGGGCCAGCCUCAAGCAGCCUCCUCAUGAACACAAACUCUCAUUGUGAUAGGAGUGUUGGACUACAAGCUGUGUGUGGCACUAUACUCUUAUUUUGAUGGCAAUGGAUUGACUUGGACUCCAGAAGUCUGGGCCAACGGGGCUAACUAACAGGAUGUGCGAGGAUGUACGCACAAGAUGAAAGCGAAUCCUUGUUGCCCCAAUGAAAGCGGAUUCACUCAGCGAUGAGACUUUGUUAUGAAUCUAAAGAAAAACUAAUGAGGAAAUAACUAAGAAUGACACAGAAAAGUUACUUGUCUCAUCUGCAAUGUUGUUUCAUGCACCGCAAAACAGUAUGGAUGACCAAACUGUGUCCUGGAAGAAAUGUAAUUACUGCCCAAACUAGACAAUUUUCACAUUUUUGGAAAGUAAUUUCAUCACAGGCCUUGUAGUACAUUUAGUCAUUUUAGUAGUCAGUAGAGUAGAAUUUUCUUGUAGAAAGACAGGUUCUUAUGAAUCUAAGCUGUCACAUCUGGGUUGCAAAGCUUAUCAGUGUGGUGAUGUUAUCAAAGAACUGGAUGCUUUGUCAGUUGAUAAUGGGAUUACUUCACCAUGGAUUGGUGCCAGAGCUCACUCCAAAGGAGAGGACAGACAGAAGCAGCCCUGAUUGUGAAUUCAGAAACGGAGACAUUCAAUGUACCAUAUGGGACGUUCCAUCACUGAGGUUCACUAAGCUGGUUCGUUACUUUCUAACAGAACAAAAGAGGAUUGUAUACUAAUGUAACGUACGGGGAAAUAAGAUUUACUGUCUUGUAAUUGGUUUAGGGCAAAUCACCUCUUCCCUGCCAGUCCCAAUGGAGUCACUGUUACUCUUAUCCUGCUUCGGCAGAACAUUUCCUAACUGUGUUUGGUCAUUUCAAAGCCCUAUGGAUGUCUUUCACGUGACGCAUUAAUAGAUUUUCUAUAUUUUUCGGACAAAGAGUGGCUGAUUUUGAACUCCUUUUUGUUGCUGCAGAAUUGUGUUCAUUAAUAAAGCAUGUAAGGAAAUGAAGGAAA